AUGGAUCUUGACGAACUCUCAUGGGCGAGGAUAGCCUUUACGAGCGUCAUCGCGGCGCUUGCAUGUGGUAUAAUGCGGCUGAUUCAAGUUCGCCGCUCCUAUAAAGACCUCCCUAAACCACCUCAUAGCUUCCUGUUCGGUCACCUGAAGCUGUUCGGCGAGAUGUUUGGCAUGCUACCGAGUGACGCGCACUAUCAAGUCGUCAUUACAAGCAUUGCAAAGAAGUACAACAUGCCGGGUAUCUUCUAUCUUGACUUGUGGCCGGUCUCAUGGAGCCAUUUGAUCGUCAUAGAUCCCGACGUCGCCAUGGAAUUCACCGUCAACCGGAACCACCCCAAGCAUGAAGCCAUUAGAAAGAUGACGGACCCUCUUAUUGGAAAAGGCAAUAUGGCCAGCGCCGAGGGACAACACUGGAAGCAUCUACACAAGAUGAUGAGUCCAGCAUUUUCCAUUACGAAUAUCACUGAGAUGAGGCCGAUUGUCGCCACAGAAGUCAUGAAGUAUCGCUCCAUUCUGCAAGAAAAAGCAAAAUCAAGAGAGACUUUCCGCCUUGAAGAUUUGGCUCAUCAUCUGACGUUUGAUGUUAUUUCGAGGGCGGCGACUGGACGGUCGUUCGAUAGUCAGACAAAGGGAAGUCUUGCGUUGCAGCAUUUUGAAGCCAUGGUUCGGGCUUCCAUGAAGUCAAGAGAAUCAUUCAACUACAUCGGUAACUUCUUCGCCAAUAGAGUGCGCGAUCGCGAAAGGCGCAAGCUAGACACUUUGGUGGCUGAACUCAUAAAAGAAAGGCUUGAGUUUGUAAAGCAUAAUGACCUUGACCUGUCCCAGAAACGAGGGCUUUGUAUCAUGGACCUCAUGCUGAGAGAUUAUCUGCAAAAUACUGGAGAAAAGACAUCAACCGAGCUCGACCCUGAUUUCUUAACAAAUGCUAUUACUCAGGUCAAGACAAUGCUUAUCGCUGGUAGCGGCACAACAUCAGAUACUGUCUGCUUUGGACAUAUGCUAUUGAGCGUGCAUCCAGAAGUAAUUCAAAAGAUGCGAGAAGAGCAUGACCGUGUCUUCGCUCCUGGAAUUGAUGCGACAUACGAGCUUCUAAAGGCCAAUCCAUACAGGAUGAACGACCUAGUUUAUACGAUUGCCGUCAUCAAAGAGAUUCUCAGGUUCUAUCCGAUAGGUAAUACUGCUCGCGAAGGCAUGGAUACCCUGACCUAUCAAGGUCAGCAAUGGCCAUCAAAGGGAAAAAUGGUUUGUCCUGUUCAGCUAGCUAUGCACAUGGACCCGAAGCAUUUCAAAGAUCCCCUCAAAUUCGACCCCGAGCGGUUCAUACGCCAAGACUAUACACGGACUGCAUGGCGCCCGUUCGAACGUGGGCCUCGUGCUUGUCUCGGCAAAACACUCGCAAUGGAUGAACUAACGCUCGUCUUCUUGUUGAGUGCGAGGGAUUUUGACUUUACGUGCGCAGAUCUCAAGCCGAACCGAACGCCCAGGACAGAAUGGAACAACCUCGAUUUGACUUUUGGAGAUAGAGCAUACCAGGAGUUUGUUUUCGAAGCCUCACCACGCGACGGCAUGCCGAUGACCGUCAAAAAGUCCGACUGGCCGUCGUGA